AAAAUAAUGAAAUCUUUAAAUAUAUUAAUUUAAACCCUUAACUACAUUAUUUGCAUUUAAGAAACAAUAUUUUAUAGUAAGUCACAAAGUGUUUUUGAUAUUUUUAAUAAGGAAAACUAUACAGUCAAAUCUCAUUAAACCAAAAUGUCAUACAAUCGGCAUGGAUAUACGCAAGGAAAUGACUACCAACAGAGUACAUCACAAGGAUACAGUUAUGGUUAUCCACAACAGGGAUGGUAUGGCGAUCAGGGUUUUACAGAUCAAAUGCCACAGCAAUAUAACUAUAAUGGAUAUAGCAACACAGACUAUACGAAACAGCAAAAGUUUCAAAAUCGACAGAAUUACAAUAAUUAUCAACAAUAUCCAGUAAGUAACCAAAUGAAUAGUUCCGCAUAUCCUCAACAUCAACAGCAGCAACAACAGUUUAAUAACAACUAUCAAAAAUGGGGUAAUCGGAAUAAAAGAUCACAUGAAUAUGUUGAACAAUCAUCACUUACGGCUAGUCCAGAGCCUAAACGACAAGUCCCGAAGAAAAACUUUUAUCAAAAUCCAAACAUGCAACCACCUCAAUAUAGUCAAACAUUUCCACAUGCUGCUUAUCAGACACCAAAUACUCAAAAUUUGGUGACGCCAAAAUUCAAUAAAGGAAAUUUAAAUAAGAAGAAGUCAAACGCAAUAAGUCCAAUAGUUGUAAUUCAGGAACAAAGAUCAACAGAGUGGGCUGAAAUAUUCAAAGAGACGAUGACAUUGCUUAAUGGAUGUAAAGCAGGCGAGGAAGUGAAUAUCCUUAUAUCAUAUUUACAACCACCAAGAUCAGCUUGGGUUAAAACUAAGGAGCAGAUUUACAAUGACUUAAUGAAUUUGAUGGCACCUUUAAAUGUUGAAAAAUUGCUAGUUUUUGGAUCCACAUUAACCGGUCUCGACUUUCAUGGAAGUGAUUUAGAUUAUUAUGUAAAAUUAAAGACAACGCCAUCACAUAACGAUGAAAUUAGACAAUUAAUUGGUAGAGCAGCAAAGUUGACAAGAUAUUCACAAGGUAAGGAGUUUCAAAUCAUUUGCAUGAUACAGAAUGCAAGAGUUCCAAUCAUACGACUUCUUCACAAAUCAACUAAAAUCACAUGUGAUGUAAAUUUUUCAUCUAAAUUUGGCUACUAUAAUUCAUACUUCAUCGGACAUGUACUCGGCUAUGAUAGACGAAUUAAAGAAUUAGCUGUCAUCCUCAAAUUAUGGUCAAAAACACAAAAGCUAGCACAGCAAUUGAUAAUAAGCAAUUACUGCUUAAUGAUGCUGAUGAUAUUCUAUCUACAAAAUGCCGAGAAUCCCUUACUGGACACGAUCAUUAAUAAUCAACGAUCAAGAAGUCCGUUGAUACUGGAUACAAAAUACAAGUGGAAUUUUUAUUUUAACGACACCAUCAACAAUACUAAAAAUAAUAAAUUAUCAUUAAGAGAGCUUCUUUGUGGCUUCUUUGAGUUUUAUGAUAAAAUCAAUUACAAUGAAUAUGUUGUGUCACUUUAUACUGGAAAUUUAAUUCCCAGAAAAUCAUUUGACAACAACACAGAUUUGCAAGACUACAGAAACACUGUUAAGACACACAAUUUGACGGCACUUAAAGCAGACAGUCCUGGAAUGUUUGUGGUCCAGGAUGGAUUCGAGUUGAACCUUAAUAUAGGCAUUAAAAAUAAGAAGCACUCAGAAAUGUUCUUUGAGUUGAUCAAGUUGUCGUCUAAGAAAAGUGAGGAACUAAAGGAUAAACCUUUUGCAGAACUUCUGAUAAAACUAUUUACUGACAUCAAAUUAAUUAAAACUGAGAACGAGAAUCGCGGUAAGAAUAAGAAAAAGUUCCAGAUGACAAUACAUGCUACAGCUGGAGAUUUAAAAGCAUGUCAAGACAUUCUACUGAAUGAGAAUCCUUCAAAAUUUUACAGUGUUGAGGAACAACAGACGCUUUUCUAUGAACUUGUUGUGGAAUAUAGCCAAAAGUUUCUUAAAGAACACUAUCUAUGUACAGUUAUACCUGAAUUAUCAGAGGAUCAAUCAAAUUCAAAUUUGAUGCAAUCAAGACUUCGUGUAAUUUUACAGUACGACACAAUAAAUGGACGCAAAAAGAUGAGUUUUAAGGAUGAUGAAACUAUUGAAGUGGAGAAAACAUUAUCAAGUAAGAUGCUUGAGAAGAAAAUAAAUUUAGACUUGGACUGCUUAAUGGUAAUUUCGACAAAGGAUAAAGGCAAGACUAUCGAUUUUGAUAUGUUCGAUAGCAGUAAUGUCACCAAGAAGUCAUCAUUAUUAAGUUUCGGAAACUAUUUCUCGAUUAAUAUUUUAACAGCACUUAAGUUUUAUCUGAAAAAGAAAUGGGAUAUGGUAACUGUACCUAAUUAGUGAUCAUUAUAUUCAACUAAUCAAUCAUUUGUGACGUCUAGCACUAUAGGUAGGUCUGCAACUGUUACAGAUCUUAGUUAUUGUAUAGAUGUGAUUUUUAAUAACUUUAGCCUUAAAUUCAACUUAAUCAUGUUAAACUUUCUGGACAUUACAAUAACUGUUUAUCCUUUAAAUGAUAAAAC